AAAGGCCAAAGCCCGUAUGGGUUCAUCCUUUGGUGCAAGAGAAAAAGCAAAGCUUGUUCAAGUGCAAGAGGGGCUUGUGCUUGAAGAGGAGAAACGCAUCAGAUCUUCUUUGCUUGUUCAGAGAUUGAGGCGUGAAGUUGAUCCUUCCAGUUGUACUGUCUUUCGGGACUCUGGACAUUACUUGAUCUUCUCCAAACUGACUCAUUCUCAAACACAAGACUCACUGCAAUAAGUUCAUCUCUGCAUCGCUUCUUCAGCAGGAAAGCAUCACUUGUUUCACCUUUUCCCCUCAGAUUGUCAUGGACAAAGGGCAGGGUCAGAGAAAGAGAGAGAAUGCAGAAAAAGAGCGCAUUGGGAUAGAAUCCGCUCCUUCCUUCAUCUCCCCUAUAUUCACAGGAAGAGGUAGCGAUCAACAUGACAUAUUUUUGAGCUUUAGAGGCUCAGAUACACGAAAAGGAUUUACCGAUCACCUCUAUCAUGGACUAGUUAAUGCGGGGAUUGUACCGAUUUUCGUGUUUAGAGAUGAUAAAAGCAUUCCAAUUGGUGAGGAAUUUGGCUCAAAGAUUCUUGAUGCAAUCAAACAAUCUAAGAUUUCAAUCCCCAUCAUCUCAUAGAAUUAUGCUUCGAGUAAAUGGUGCCUCCGUGAGCUCAUUCAAAUCAUGGAUUGCAAGAAGAGGACGUCACAUGUCGUGUUGCCCAUUUUCUACAAAGUGACUCCAUCAGAUGUGCGGUAUCUAAAACAAAAUUUUGGGAAGGCCUUCCAUUCGCGCAAGGAGCAUUUUGAUGCAAAGGAAAUUGGGGAAGGCCAGCGGGCACUUAUAGAAGUGAGUUACUUAAAUGGAUGGGAAUCUGAGAAAUUUGCCAAUGGGCAUGAAGGAGAACUAGUAGAAAAAGUUAUCACAACUAUUUUGAGCAAGUUGCGACAUGAUUUUCAACUUGAUGUUACUAAGCACCUAGUUGGAAUUAGUGAUCAUUUGAACAAAAUCAGGAAUUGGGUAGAUACUCCUGCCAAUGUUGCUCGAAUGAUUGGAAUCUAUGGUAUGAGUGGGAUCGGUAAAACGACUCUUGCCAAGGUUAUCUACAACAAGUUGUCAAAUAAAUUUGUGCAUUGUAGCUUUCUUCCGGAUGUUCGAGAAACAGCUCAUUGCAAUGGUAUUCCUUAUCUACAAAAUCAACUAAUUAAGGAAAUACUGCAAAUCGAACAUCAAGUUUGGAAAGUUGAUGAUGGAAUUAGUUUGAUCAAAUCUAGAUUCAAAGGAAGAAAGGUUCUCCUAAUUUUGGAUGAUAUAGAUCAUAAAGAUCAAUUAAAUGCUUUGGCUAAAGAACGUGACUGGUUUAGUCAGGGAAGUAUCAUCAUUGUUACAACUAGAAAUAAAGCUAUUCUUGAUCAAUCUGAAUUUGAGGUUGACUUCAAGUAUGAAUUGAAUGAAAUAGACGAGAUGCAUUCUUUGCAUUUAUUUAAUAAACAUGCAUUCCGUAUGAACCAUUCUUCGAAGGAUUUUGAGGGUAUUUCUCGUGAUAUAAUUUCAACUAUGGGUGGGCUUCCCUCGGCUCUGGAGGUUAUAGGUUCAUACUUGUAUGGAAAAACAAAUAGAAAAGUAUGGCAAGAUAUGCUUGAGAAAUUAAGAAAAGAACCCGAUAGAGAUGUCCAAAAGAUAUUACAAAAAAGUUUUGAUGCUUUAGAGCAAGGACAUAAGGAGAUUUUUCUCGAUAUUGCUUGUUUCUUUAUCAGUGAAGAGAGCAAAUUUGCCAUGUACAUGUGGGAAGACUGUGGAUUUUAUGCAAGUCAAGGAAUUGAAGAGCUGAAAUUGAGGUGCUUAAUAAAAAUUGCAAAUGAUGGUAAGUUAAGGAUGCAUGAUCAACUGAGAGAUCUUGGAAGGAAUAUUAUUUGCCAAGAAGGACUGCCUGAGAGACGUAGUAGAUUGUGGGACUGCGAGGAAGCCUCUAGAGCACUAACGGGAGGAAAGGGAACUGAAAGGAUCCAGGCAAUUUGUCUUCGCAAACACUAUCGCCAUUUCCAGACAUACAAGAAUGAACAGUUUAAAAGGCUACAGGGCUUAAGGUUCCUUCAAUUGAGGUCGGUGGCUUUAAGUGGAGACUUUAACAAUCUAUUUUCUGAAUUGAGAUGGCUUUGCUGGGAUGACGUUAAAAAGAAGAAAUGGUUGUCCAUAUUUAACAAACAAUCUUUUCCGGCAACCAAUUUGCGUCUGCCGAAAUUAGUGGUGCUAGAGUUGAAAGAUUGCUGGAUCACAGAACAAUGGAGAGGAUGGGGUUCAAUUAUGGCAAGAUGGAGAAAAGACAUCACCUGUGAUUUUUGUUUGUUUUGUUUUGUCAAUCAACUCAUUAUUUUCUUUUGUAUAGGCGGCAAAACGGCUGAAGAUUCUCAACCUUGAAUAUUGUGUUAAUAUA